GCGGACAGUCAUGAAUAUUAAACACCUCGGGCGCAAAUAUGAAUAUUUGAUCUCCGAUGAAACCCAAAAUAGUUUACUUUCUGUUUUUGCAUACAUCAAAAUACAUGGCAUCUUAAAUUCACGUUUGUUUAAUAAACUUGUGCAUGUAAUUUUCAUCGUUAUGUAUAACAUAUUCAGAAUUUGAUAACUUAUGGUAGAGUGAUAUAACAAAACAUUUGGAAAUGAAUGGACGUUUAAAUGUCUCUCUAAUUAAAGUUUAUCAGUGACAAAUCAUUUGGCAUGUGAAAAAAAGUGUUUGUGUGACUUGCAAAUGGAAAUGAUUUACUGUUUUAUAUGGGUAUGAUGUAGUGUGACGUUUCGUAAAGAAGAUACUUUUGUAUGAAAAUUGAAGUUUUACGACUUGCUUGAUGAAAAGUUUAUAGUGCUUUUAUAACAAUUUUUUGUGGAAGCAGUACGUUAAACAGCAAUAAUUUCAAGGACUGCUGCUUAAGAUAGUUUUCAAAUUUGCAACAAACAGAAUAAAAGGAAUUCAGAAAGAUAAAAACCGUCAAGGAUGGAAGGAGUAUAUCUAACACUGAUUCUGACAUCCAUCUUGGUAAAAUUAAUGGCUGCAGAGACGAUCCAGCUUCCGCACUUUGCUCAGAUGAAAAACUAUUACCCGGGAUUCUACCAUUUUGGAGGUGCUUGCAGGAACCGGGAAAUUGUUACACUCCUUGGUGUUGAAGACAGCGUAAACAUGCUUCUCCAUGACACCACUGCUCUCCGACUUUCGUACACGCUAAAUAAAAUUGGGAACCAGCAUUCUCUCGGAAAUGACGUAAUCAGACUUUCUAGAAAUGGCACCGACAGUGUUCCUGGUAAAGACGGUCUUCAGCAUAUAUUCCACCCGCUUGCCUUUGGACCAUACCUUGCAGACAAAUACGGCUAUCCAACCGUUACAAAAAUGCAUCUUUUUGAUCCUGUAAAGACAAAAGCAAGUUUUGCCAACAAACAGGGCAUAAUGCGAGUUAUUACAUACACUCAACACGACAACAAACCUAAGGGCCACAUCGUAUUAUGGGAUUGCAAUGGCGUCUACCAGUCACGUGAUUUCUUCUAUGGCCACACACUGUUAUCUGUCGAGUUCUGGGAAUCGCCAGAUACAAACUGCAAUGGCGGCCAACCUGAUAAUACUAAGGACAAAGUACAGAUUGACGAAGUAGAUUCAUAUAUCCUGUCUGUCUUGAAACAAUCACGCCAUGAGACCAGGCACCGGAAGCACUGUUUACAGUACCGGUGAUGGAACAAAAUUAGUGCGAGAUAUUCAAAUGCUGCCAUGUUUGGGAUUGUGCAAUGUGAUAUGUAUUAAAUGUGCACCGUGCAAAUUAUACAUGUUUCCGAAACAAUAGACUAAUUAUUAUGGAUAUAAAGGACCCAAGAGUUUACAACAAGGAAUUAAUCUUACUUUAUCUUGAUUCCUCACUACUCGGAACUGAUAUGCAGUAAGGCGAGAGAAGAACAUAGUAACUUACUCUCUAAAAGUGUACAUUCGUAAAAAGACAACGUGUUGACGCCAAGUAUCUUUAUAUUUAAUAUUUCAUGUGUAUUGAAGCUUGUGCAUUGUGGCUCCUACACAGACUUGUGUCCGCUGUUGUACACUGAAAACGGACAUGCACAGACGUACAUGCGCGUAGGCGAACGCUUGAAAUAAACUUCUAGUGAAAUGAGAAUAUGCUCUGACUACUAUUUAGUAUUAAAACUGCGAUAUAGUACGGGUUGUACAGAGAAGUGAUAACAUACCCCAUUUCUAAGUUCUAAAACUUUUACGGCAGACUACAAAAUAAAAGGGGACGGAUUAUACGACAAGGAAUGUAGGCGUGUGAUUAUUUUGACUGCUGAUAAGCAGAGCCAUUUUAAAUUUAGUUUGUUGGGACAGAUCUCGUCACUCUUGUCAGUUUGAGUCAGAAAACAUCAAGUGCCAUAUACGGUACUAUUUGGCACUUUAGUUUACAAAUGGUGUUGAAGAAUACUUCUCAACUGCACAAAUAGUUGCCGUGAUCUCACAAACUAUUAGUGUAUCUUUAUUUGUAGCCGGUGAUUGUUCAGUGAGUGCUUAAUUAGAAAGGGCAAAAUACCUACGACAGAGUUGGGCGUGAAAAGACAGAACACGAGAAGUUGCAUCUCCGGAUAUACUUUAUUGACGGAGAUAAAAGUGGUGGAUACGGUGACCCAUAGUUAGCAAGCCUGGGAUGAUGAGAAUGCAAGUUUAUUGCAUAUAGUUAAGUACGCUUAUAACGUUUAAAGUUGAAAAGAAAUCCAGUAUUCAUGCAUCGAAUAUAUACUAUUUAUAUCAUAUGUCAAUAAAAAUGUUAAAAUCGUA